GCGGUCUCAGCAUUACUUCGCUCGAUGUAUCCUUGAGUUGCUUUUCCGCUGCAGAGCCCGGACUUCCAGUGCGUCUGCCUGCUUACGUUGCACUGGCGGCCACAAGUGAGCAAGGGAAAAUGUCUGAUUCCACGUGACUAUGAAGGUCAUACAUAACACGUCGAUAUCGAGCAGCAAAUGAAAGUGAAAAACUCGAUCUGGUCGAUGGAUCCGUAACUCGUGCAGCGACCGAGUGAAGGUGCUGGUGGUUCACCUGGCCCCACAUAACCCAAUCUGCUUCGUCCCGUUCAGAUCAAUUACUCGAGAUGGCCAAGUUCUGCGGAUUCCUCGUGUCCAUUGCCACCGCCGUUGGUGCCGUAUCCGCUGGAAAUGGCGGCGGUGUGCCCACUGCGGUAACUAUUGCACCCACAGUCGCCCCCAGCGCGAGCCUUCCCGCGGUUGUUCCUACCGAUACCCCCACUUCCGCCUCCAACACGACCCCAACCGUGGAAGACACGUGUGUACUGGCGAACUUCGAGACCGCGACGGCGGACUUUAUCGCGCUGGGCAACCUGGUCAACAUCGUCAAGACCUCGCCGGCAGUGCUCAAGCAGUACGUCAGCGACCCGAUGCUCAUUCAGAAUCAGACACUAGCCACACAGAACAUCUCGUUCCUUGGAUACACGUUCGAGACGACGCCUACGAUCAACUGGCUUAAUGUCUCGGGCAUCACGACGAUCUCCCCUCUGCCUGUGAACGUCACGGGCGUCAACACGCUGGAGUUGGGCACGGACUUCACCGGCACCAUCGCUCUCGAGGGCACGCUUACAGUCGAAGUCGCGAUGCCCGACCACAAGUGGUAUCAGAUCUGCUGGGUUGACCUACUGCACCCAAUCAAGUGCCGGCCGCAGAUCAUCACGGUGGACGUGGCACUCGCAGUUAGCAAGCCCCACAUUGUGACCAACAUUGAGGCCAACCUGUUCGAGUGUGCGCCGGGUAUCCCGACGUCUACGUGCCAGAACCUGACGAUGGCCAGCAUCAUGACAGGAGCACUGAGCGGUGACCUCACGACGCUGACCAAGUCCAUCUACAAGAACUUCAGGGACGCCAAGGUCAACACGCUCUCGUUGGGUUGGGACCUGAUCACCAACAUCGACUUUGUCUUCCACAACUCGGGCCAGUUCGUCACGCAGAUCAUCAACGGCCUGCUCGACUUCUCCGCCAAGAAGCUCAACAAGAAGGGCGACUACUACCGCGUAUUCCUCGACGUCUCGCAGAAGCUCAUGUUGUCUUUGCUUAACAAGAUCAUCGAUACGCAACUCGAACCGGCGUUCGGCGCUACGUGUCUGUAAGCAUAUUUAGGAGUAGUGCGCAGCGACAGAUGUGUAGGAGCGGUUGUGCAUGGUUAUACUUUGAGGAGUACCCUAGCGAAUAUAUGAUGCUCUUGCCAGUUUUGAAUUGAUAAACAGCACUAAAGCUUUGUGAAUUGGCACA